AGUUGGCUCCGUCCUACUAGCCUCCCAAGAGUGCCGGCAGUCGCCUCGAGCCCGCUCAAGGGAAGGAAAAGGAUGAUCGCGGCGUCACCUGCCGCCUCCCUGCCCGGCCUGGUUCCCUGAACCGCGAGACUGGCAAAUUUCUGCCCUCCCUCUCUCCCCGGCCAAACCUGGGCGAUUCCUUCCCGCUGCUGGAGAGCGAGGCGAUCGCUGCGAUUCAGCUCUGCGCCGCCUGGAAACGAGGCGAGCGGAGCAGGAACCGUCUGGCUUGGCGCGGCCACAGGAGUUUGAGUUUUGCUCCGCAGCCAUGGAGUACACCGCCUCCCCCAAACCUCAGCUCUCCUCGCGGGCCAACGCUUUCUCCAUCGCGGCGCUCAUGUCAAGCGGGAGCUCCAAGGAGAAAGAGAGCGCCGAGAACACCAUCAAACCGCUGGAACAAUUUGUGGAGAAGUCGUCUUGUUCUCAGCCUCUGAGCGACUUGCCCGGCCUGGACACGCCUGGGGAUUUCGGCAGCACUGGCAGUCCCUCCUCCCUGUGCACCGAACCCCUCAUCCCCACCACCCCCAUCAUCCCCAGCGAGGAAAUGGCCAAGAUCUCCUGCAGUCUGGAGACCAAGGAGCUGUGGGACAAAUUCCACGAGCUGGGCACAGAGAUGAUCAUCACCAAAUCGGGCAGAAGAAUGUUUCCAACCAUUAGGGUUUCCUUUUCGGGUGUGGAUCCAGAAGCCAAGUUCAUCGUACUCAUGGAUAUAGUUCCAGUGGACAAUAAGAGAUACAGAUACGCCUAUCACAGGUCUUCGUGGCUGGUAGCUGGCAAAGCAGACCCUCCUCUCCCUGCAAGACUGUACGUGCAUCCAGAUUCUCCAUUUACAGGCGAACAAUUGCUGAAGCAGAUGGUGUCCUUUGAAAAGGUGAAACUAACAAACAACGAGCUGGAUCAGCAUGGUCAUAUAAUCUUGAAUUCAAUGCACAAAUAUCAGCCCAGGGUGCACAUCAUUAAGAAGAAAGACCACACAGCUUCCUUGCUUAACCUGAAAUCUGAAGAAUUCAGAACAUUUAUAUUUCCAGAGACGGUGUUUACUGCUGUGACUGCCUACCAAAACCAAUUGAUAACCAAGCUGAAAAUUGACAGCAACCCUUUUGCUAAAGGAUUCAGGGACUCUUCCAGACUCACUGAUAUUGAGAGGGAGCACGAUCCACAACCUGGGGCAACAACUGAGAAGGCCCAAUCCCAGGUCACCACCAGAUUAAUUGGUUUCACCCAAAGAUGGGCCCUUCCUGAUGAUCUUAGUGAGCGGUGGGGAUCUUGUAGAGAAAGGUGCUCUCUCAGAGAAAGUGUGGAGAGCCUUAUUCAAAAGCAUUCCUAUGCACGAUCCCCCAUCAGAACCUAUGGAGGAGAGGAUGAAGUUCUGGGAGAUGAUAGCCAAACAACUCAAAGCAGAGGCUCAGCUUUUACUACAUCUGAUAACUUGUCCCUCAGUUCCUGGGUCUCGUCAUCGUCAAGUUUUCCUGGAUUCCAGCAUCCGCAGGCCUUGUCUGCUCUUGGUUCCAGCACUGCAUCCAUAGCGACGCCAAUUCCUCACUCCAUCCAAGGACCACUGCCUCCCUACAGCCGCCUGGGAAUGCCUCUAACCCCUUCUGCCAUUGCCAGCUCAAUGCCGGGAAAUGGCCCAACGUUUCCUUCUUUUCACAUGCCUAGGUACCACCAUUACUUCCAGCAAGGGCCUUAUGCAGCAAUCCAGGGACUACGCCAUUCCUCUGCAGUGAUGACGCCUUUUGUAUGACUGACCUAAACCAAGACUUCUUAUAAAAAUAAUUAUGGGUCUGUUGGAAAGGGCCAUGGAGAAACAAUAGAGGAACUGCUAAACAAACAAACAAACAAACAAACUGCAUUGUGGAUUCCUCCUCUGAGGGAUCAGUGUUAAGGGAAGUAUGCAGUUUUGAGUGGCUCAGAAGUCUGCCACCGCCAAAGGGACUCCAAAUGUUGCAAAGUCUGUAACUAAAUGCCGAAUGAUCUGAAGGUGCAUCUUAACCCUAGAUAAGAGGCUGUGUUCAUGCAGCAUUGUAUAAUUGUAUUGUGUAUAGGUUUCCUGUCUCAACAGAGGCAAGAAAGGCAAUACUGUGCUUAUAACUCAUUAUGACUAAUGAAGGAAAAAAUGGUUGUUUUGAGCAUGUUUAGUCUACUAAAGCAUCAAAUUUAGUAGGAAAGAAGUAGAGGGGAAAUGCCAUUCUUUACCCCUCCAUUUUUAAUUCCAACUCCAGUUCAUUUAGAACAUUGGGCAUAAUGCCCUGGAAUUUCUCCUGCACACACUCUGUUUGACAUAAAUGGAAGUUGUGUAAGUGUAAUACACUCUUGUGUGACAACUUUUUCAUUUAAAUGGACAGGCAAUGUUUCUGGUGGAUUAUGACCAAUUGAUGUUUCUUGGUUCCACCAUAAGUGCAUUCAACCACAAAGCAGAGCCAUUAGGGUUAUUUUUCAGUUUUUUUUAAUUUCCUCCAUUAUGUUUACAAAAUUAUGUCAACACAUAUUGGACAUUACAGAACUAUACCAAUUGUUCAGCUGAGAAAUGUGUUCUUUAUAUUUCUUGGAAUAAAUAAAUUUAGAAUCUGUUUGCUGGAACUGAAGGACAAGGCAGAGUCUGAAGAAUUUAACUUUAAAGUCUCUCACAUUUGGUCAAAAAUAGCCAUGGUCUACUAUAUAUGCUCAGGGCCUCAUGGGAGUAGCUCCACAUUGUAAGAGCGGCUUGUUUUCAUCUUCAAUAAGGGCACAGACGUCCAGAGUUUGGUGACACUUGGCUUUUAUUCAAAUGAACAGAAAACCAUAUACGAAUUGGGGACACACAAGUUUGCUCCCUUUACAGUGGGACCCCCAAAGCUCUAGAGCAGGGGUAGGCAACUUUGUUAAACAACAGCUGGAUUGCCUACCUCUCCUAUAGAGUCCCUCUCUUUCCACUGGUGUACCUCCCCCACCCCAGGACUAACUAAUUCCUAAAAAGAGGCUUGCCACCUUAUCUCUCUUCCAGCCAAUGGGCUACCUUGGCUUGCAUAUCCCCAACUUUUUCUUUGUCCUGCUUUUACUCUCUGUUUCUCAUCUCUAGCUCUCUGGCUUCUUGACCCCACCCUCAUUCCCCCUUGGUUCUCUUAGCCUUGUCCUUUUCAGUAGCCCUGCUGUCUUGGGUGGGAGCUCCAUGUGAUGCUUGUUAGGCUACUAUUUGGCUUGCUGGAGUGCCACAUGGGAACAUCUAGCCUCUUGUGCAGCAUGCUUAUUAUCUGCAUGUUGCUCUCAAUAUCUGGGAACAGUAGCGGCCUGUACGGGUGGGACAGGGAAGCAGAAAAUGAGCAGUAGGUGUGACUCAUGCCUGCUUCCCCCACCCUGGCUGCCUUACUCUUUCUUGCCUUCCCUGCCAUAAUGUGGACUCCAGGUGCAUGUUUGGACUGGCUAUUUGUCUGGUUCCCCAACCUGGGCAAAAGUCCAGCCCAUGCGCCUGGGGUUAACGUCACAGCAGGGGAAGCAAGGAAGAGCAAGGUAGCCAGAGUGGGAAGAGGAGAAUGGGAAUGAACCACACCUGUGGCUUGAUUCCCCCAUCUGUUACUACAGUCUGGGAUCUGAUGAAAGCAAGGUGUUGCUUAGUGUCAUCUUACUGAAAACUGUACUAGUUUGAAGAACUCCAGUAUCCUCCGCUUAGGCCUGAUCCUAAAUUUAGUACAUUAGUUUAAUGUAUCAGUGCAGUGGUGUGGCUGGAUCCCACGACUAUAUAUCUCAUGUUCAUCCAAUAAUUUGCUACAAAUGUGAGCAUUACUCAUACCAAUGUCAGAGGACCAGAUUGUGUGUACAACUGCACAUUUGUCUGGAGCAUUAAUGACCCUCUGCUGCUGGUUGCCUCUUUCCCUUCACCGCCACCAAAUGUGUCAUGUACACACCCACACGCCAUGUGCAGAGCAUUCCCCCAAAGAAGCAAAUGGGACAGCCUCUGCUCACCAUUGUAUUAUGUGCCCAUUUUUGCCCUGGAGCUGUUGGGUUGAGAUGAAUAUGUUCCCAAAACACUGAGAAAUAUUUUCUUUUUAAUUGUUGCAGCUUGAUUUUAUUGUGAAGUCUGCUCCUUUUUAUCUUGGUUUUCUCUCAUAAUUUGUUGCAGUAUAUUUAGUUCCAGUACCUCCCAUUUCUUAAUGUGGGUACAUUUUUAUUUAUGAUGGUAAUUAAACCAUCACUGAUUUCAGUUUCUGGUUACAAAUGGCAGGAUUUGAAUUUGCUGUCUUUUCUUUUAAAAACGUAAUUUCAGUCAAUCAGUAUGUUCUUUAACCUCUUUUGAAAGGAUUUUGGACAAAAUAUACAGAUUACUGUAUUUUAGCUCUGGCACAUUUUUUAAAAAGCAUUUAGUUUCUUACUGUAACAUCAGAAAUAUGAGGAACAUGCUUUUUUAAGCCUAGGGUAAGUGAAAACUGGAGAUGCUCAAUUUUAACAGAAUGUAUUAAAGGUCUGUUGUUUGCUGUGUUAAACUGUUUUAAAAAUUAUUUGUGUGAGCACAUUCACCAUUUAAUGACGUAUGUGUGUGUAUGUGGGAGGUGGGGGGCAAAAUGUUUUAUGAAAAACCAGUGGAGUAUAUACAUUAGGAAAUGACAUCCAACAAAUAAAGUUUCUUUUAAAGUGCAAUAUAUUUAUUUCUGCCAGAAAUAUAAUAUCGACAUUAUGUGAUAUUUGAAGCACUAAAUGUGAUUUGUAAACAGCUUAAAAUGAUUAUAUAUAUAUAUCACAAAGUUGUACAUAAGUGCAAAUGUGUGGAUAUUCAUUUUCUUUCAUUAAAAUAUUGGGAUUUUUAAA